GUUUAACACUUUUCAACCACCACGGAUAUUUUCAACGAGGUUUAAAACCCGUAAAGAUAAAUAGAAGUGACAAGUUUGUGCAGAAGAAAUUAAAAGCAUGCAAUUCGUUAUUUCCUCAAGUCUGCGUGCACCCUAGUUGUUAUAUUUAUAGACGGAUGAAUGGGAGAGUGCCUCUGGGAAUGUUUUUCUUUUGGAGAAGCGCGUGAAACUGUUGGUUUGGUUUAUUGUAGGAUGCCCUGCUAAUGUUACAGCUAGCAUCAGUCGGGCUAACGACAUUCCGGGACAAGGGGAAAGUAAAGAUGGCAGAGACAUCUACGACUGACGGUCCUGCCGCAGGAGCUGAUUUUGACAUGAUGAGCGCUCUUGACUGGAAGGACGGCAUAGCCACCUUGCCAGGAAGUGACAUUCAGUUUCGGAUGACUGAAUUUGGCACCCUGGAGAUCGUCACAGAGGUGGAGCCCAAAGUUAAAGAGGCGGAGCUUACAGGCCCGCAGCCUCAAACAACCGGCACCAACGACAUUCAUUCCCCUGAGCAGAACAAAACUUCAAAUCAGACUGCAAAGCCCCAGUCAAAUACAGAGCAUCAGACAAGUCCUGUAGUUUCAACCGACCCCCACAGACAGGCAGGGGUCAACAACACCAGGAGCCCCAACGCUGUGGAAAGCCCCAGUGUGAGUACAGUGCCCAAUGCAAUUGUUCCCAUAUCUGAGGCGACUGCAAACUGCAGGUCAUGUGGUCACUCUGGUUCACGUGAAUCCUUUCUACAAGGCAAAUUUUGCAGCGCUCCUUGUGUACAGCCCUCCAGUGGCAGGUCAACCCCAGCUGAGGCUGUCGAAGGAGAACGUUUAGGUAAACGUGUGCGAAAGAAGAAGAAGAUGUUUAUGGAAUCUGGAGAUGAGGAGGAGGACAACAUAGAGGAGGAAGAAGAGAAGGUUAAAUCCUCAAAGGGGAGACGGGCAGCUAAAGUUGCUAGACUAGUGACAGCACCUCUGCUUAAGAAGAAAACCUGGAGUUGGUCAGCUUAUCUGGAAGAGGAGAGAACUAUUGCCGCUCCCUUGAAACUUUUUAAGGAGCACCAGUCGUUUCCUCAAAGCAGGAAUGGAUUUAAAGUUGGCAUGAAGUUAGAGGGACUGGACCCCUGUCACCCAGCUCUCUUCUGCGUUCUGACUGUGGCAGAGGUGCAAGGCUACAGGAUUCGGCUUCACUUUGAUGGUUACCCUGAAUGCUAUGACUUCUGGGUAAAUGCUGACUCAUGGGAUGUGAAGCCGCCAGGCUGGUGUGAGAAAACCAGCCUUAAGCUGUUGCUGCCAAAAGGCUGCAGAGAUGCAGAGUUUAACUGGAACACAUAUGUAAAGAAUUGUAGGGGUCAACUGGCCCCCAAACAUCUCUUCAAGAGUCUUAAUACAUCGGUCACACCGUCAGGUUUCCGUGCAGGGAUGAAGCUGGAAGCCGUUGACAGAAAGAACCCAUCACUCAUCUGCGUAGCAACCAUUGCUGCUGCUGUCGACAACCGGCUCCUCGUUCACUUUGACAACUGGGAUGAUUCGUAUGAUUAUUGGUGUGAUGCCAGCAGUCCAUACAUUCAUCCAGUAGGGUUCUGUGAGGAGGCGGAGUUAACACUCACUACACCUGCAGAUUAUAAGCCCCCCAAGGUUUUUAUUUGGGAAAAGUACCUUGAGGAAACUGGAGCCCAGGCUGCACCAGCAAGAGCCUUUAAACAGAGACAACCGCAUGGUUUCCAAGUCGGGAUGAAGCUGGAGGCAGUGGACAAACGUAAUGCCAUGCUUAUCCGUGUAGCCACCAUCUCUGAUGUAGAAGACCACAGAAUCAAGAUCCAUUUUGAUGGCUGGAGUGAGGAGUAUGAUUAUUGGCUAGAUGCUGAUAGCCCAGAUCUGCACCCAGUCGGCUGGUGUCAGAAGACGGGUCAUCCUCUACAACAGCCCAACGGUAACAUACUGUUAACAUACAGUGUUUCCACACAUGGCCCCACAAGACUCAUAAUCAAACUCAUUAUUGUAACCAUAUCAGGUCCCAGAGAUUCUCCAGUGCCUCCAGGACAAGGCUGCCCAACCCCAGGAUGCAGUGGAGUCGGACACAUUAGAGGACCUCGGUAUGGGACACAUUACACGGCAGUGAGCUGUCCUUACUCAGAUUUUAAUUUGAAUAAGGACGGGCUGGUGCCAGACAGACUGAACGGUGAGAGGCCGGUCACGCUCAGUGGACCCCCGCGCAAUCGUCGUGCUGAAACACUCACUCAGACACACCCUCCCACACCGACACCCAGCGCCGGCACCCCUGAAGCCCCUGACACCAGCACUGACGCCUGUCCACAAGCUCACUUAGUGCGUGAGCACGUUGUGUCUGCCAUCGCUCCCAAAUGUGUCAAGCCACCUCAAGUGAAGCAGGAAGGUGACGGGAAAGAUUCUCUUCAGGAGUUCCUGCAUGAGUCUGUGUUUUGUGGAUGGGAGCCACCAAAGUUUCAUCUGUGUUGGGAAAAGCAUGGCAAACUCUUGCCUGAAGCUUUAGGCCUCAGUGCCAAGAGAGUGGCCAAGUGGAGCACAGAAGAGGUGGCAAGUUUUGUAAGAGGGCUGCCUGGCUGCAGAGAGGAUGCUGCCACCUUUAGGAAGGAGCAAAUUGAUGGCGAGGCCUUCCUGCUUCUUACUCAAUCAGACAUUGUUAAGAUUCUGAGCAUCAAGCUUGGACCUGCUCUCAAAAUUUAUAAUUCGAUCCUAAUGCUGAAGAGUGCAGAUGAGGAGUAGACAACUCACAUCAACGGCUGCUCCAUCAAACAUGUUUAAAAGUUGCUCUAGCCCCCACCAAUGUGUCCAGCAGACUGUCAGUCAUCAGUCUCCUUAUGAUUGACAGACAUCGACAGAAUCUGCCAACUCAACAAACCUCAUGCGAUCAGAAAAGUCACAGUUCUUAAAGGCUGAUAUAGAUUUGAUGUCUCCCCUUCCAACUCAGCACUCGCUCUAAAUGAGGACUUAUAUUCUCUUGUGAAACCAAUCAUUUGAUUUGGGAGGGGUGAGUACACUACACUUAGGCACCUUAAAUUGUUAAAAGCUUAAACUGGAUUCUUUCAUCGCUGAUAUUUAUGUUUUUAUGGUUGCUAAAAUGAUGGUUAAUUACAAAAGGCACGAUGGUGGAGCUUUUACUUAUAUGUAAUUGUGUUUUUUUUUUUUGUAAGAAUGCAAAAAGACCUUUGUAAUUGAACAUGCAUCCUAAUUAAUCCCAAAUUAGGAUGUUUGAGA